AAGUUCAUCAUUCGAACAUUGAACUAGUUCAAUAAACAUUCAAAACUUCUUCAAACUUAUAAACCUAUAUCAAAAUGUUCAAGGCAGUAUUUGUCUGUGUAAUCCUCAUUGUCGCUACUUCAGCAACGCAUUAUGAAGACCUAGAAUUGAACAAUCUGAUUGAGUAUGGAGAGUCACCUUAUGGGGGCUUCGUUGUGCCGUAUCCUUAUCAAGAUCAAUUACAAGAACAAGUGGUGUUAAAACCUCUUUAUUCUGAAGUCAUCGUGCCUGCAGUGCCAGCGCUUCCAGCCACUGCAGUAGUGUCUGAAGUAGCUGAAGUCGGCUUCUCAAAGCUUGGUCUCAUCACAAAAGCGGCAUCUUUCGCACUUGGUUUGGUGAAGACAGCCGUAUUCUUCGUCAUCGCCAAAGCCCCUGCUCUUAUCCUGGGAACGUUGGCUGCCUUCGGAAUCUGCAAGUUCACGCCUAUCUGCUCCAAGCUCUCCAGCGUGGAGUCUUUGUACGAAGUCCCUAUUGAGCUCAGGUCAUACGCUACCCCUGAGAGGCUGGCCAAGGCGACCGAGUUCGUCAAGAAGGCGAUUAGGAAGUACCGGUCAUUGCAAGAGGAACACUGAAGGCGAUUGUAGAUUAAUUUAUAUCUAUAGUUACGAGUAUUUAAGACUAUUUAUUGGAUGAAAUAAAUUAUUGAAACGAAA